AUGCCGCGCCGCGGGCUCGCGUCGUCCGCGCUGCUGGCGCUGCUGCUGGCGGCCGCCACCGCUGCUCCCCUGGCACCGAGACCUUCUAAGCAGGAGCUGACCCGCUGCCUGGCCGAGAUGGUCUCAGAGAUGCUGACGCUGGGCCAGGCCCAGAGAGGCCCCUGCAUGUCCCUGCUCCACAAAGAGAGCGUCCUCUUCCUGUCCGAGAUGUGCGAGUCGGAACCCUACAGCUGCGUGUCCUCGGAGAGAGGCCUGCUGGCUGGGGACCUGAUGAAGCCCGACGAGGGGAAGCCAGGGUCCAGCCACGAGGCGAGGGGCGAGGCGGCGGCCGCGGAGGGGACCCACGGGUCGGAGGCCCGCGAGCAGCUCCACCGCCAGCUCCUCCGCGAGGAGGAGGAGGCUCAGAAGAGGGGGCUGGAGGAGACCUUGGAGGACCUGUGGCAGCCCCAUCUCAAGGGUGCAGGGGGCCCCCAGAAGCAGGGGGUCGAGGAGAAGGGUGCGCAGGUGCUGGGCAGAGGCCACCGCCCAUGGCAGGGGACGGAGAGGGGCGGAGGAGAGAGGCUCCAGGACUCCCCGCACGGCCAGCACACGCAACACCCACAGGAGGAAGAGGCCCCGGAGAGGGAGGAGCACGACGCCGAGCGGCUGGCGCACGUGAGAGAGGAGCUGCGGAAGGUGUCCGAGGCGCUGGGGGAGGAGCUCAAGAGGGCGGGCUGA